CCUCUUCCCGUUUCACAGCUGGGGAAAAAACUUGCACCAUUUGGUGAAUCCCCAGAUGAGCAUCCCAGGGUGGGACCUGCUGACAGGGUGGGCACCUGAGGGGCUUCAGCACUGCCCUUCCCUGGCCUCUUUUCCAGAUGACCUUCUACUUCUCGGACACAGCAGUGCUGCUCUUUGACUUCUGGAAUGUCCACAGCCCCACAGGGAUGGUGCUCUCGGUGCUGGUGAUCCUGCUGCUGUCCGUGCUCUACGAGGCCGUGAAGAUGGGCAAGGCCGUUCUGCUGCGGCGGGCGCUGCUGGCCCUGCCCCACAGCCUCAGCCAGGAGGCCCUGACCGAGCCCCAGCAGGGGGACAGUGGCCCUGCGCAGGGCAGGUGGUUUUGGUUCCACGUGGGCCAGACGCUGUUCCACGUGGUGCAGGUGGUGCUGGGCUAUAUGGUGAUGUUGGCUGUCAUGUCCUACAACGCCUGGAUCUUCCUGGGGGCCAUCGUGGGCUCCACGCUGGGCUAUUUCAUGGUGUACCCCCUGCUCGGCCGGGGCUAGAGCCCCCCACCGUGUCCCACCUCCUGCCCCUUUGUCUGGGAAAGCUGCUGUCACUUCUGCUGGGUCUGUCUCUGUCCCCGUGCUCUGGGGGAUGCAGAAACCCAAGGACUUGCUGGGGGCCCCGCUCUGGGGACGGGGAGCCCCAUGUGCAGCUCCUCAGCUGGUGGCUGUCCCCUGGCUCUCAGGGACCUUUGUCCAGGUGAUGACAGCGGGGGGAUGCUGGCAUUUCCUCCCCUCCCUGCUUUUUGAGGAGGCUCAUCCUGGCUGGAACGGGAACCAUCCAGUGACUUGCUGGGGGAAGGGGCAAGCUGGGCUCAGGGACCCCUGCCCAGAGCUGCCCUGCACCAAGCCCCUCUUCACACAGUGCCUUCGGGGAUGUUGGGGGGGUGCUGCCACCCCCACCCCGCUCCUGCGCUUCAGGGAUGGGGCUGGAGCAGCCCGUGAGCCGCUGGUGUGGCUGUGCCAGGGGGGAAAUGCUGCUCCAGGUGCCUCUUGUUGCUUCUUCAGGACCCCCCUUCUAAUAAAAUCAUCUCAGCUCCUCUC